AUGUGCGAUAGGGGAGGCCGAGAGGAUUUGCACACUGAGAUCUGGGGUGUUGCAUUGGGUGAAACGUGGGGAAGGAAUGCGAGAUUAGUGAGCAGAGAAAGACAGCGAAAACCUCCCAACAAAAACAAAGAAGUUCCCUUAACAACACAACCAAACCGCUCACCCGCAAACGGUUCACACGCUUCCUCUUCAAACUAUGUCACCCCCUCCACUCCUACUUCUCCAACUCCCGUACUCGCAUCCGGACUGCUUGCCAUCUAUGUUAUCGAAGCGCGCGGCCUGACGCUUCCACCCGGGAUAAAAGCUCCACAAGUUCCCCCGCAGUCUGGUAUGACGCAACAAACGACAGGAGGGAGGAGUAACAGAGAUAGCUUACAAAGGAAGCAGUGCUGGCGGUUACCGUAUGUGGUGCUCGAGUUUGAUAAGAAUGAGAUUUUGAUUGAUUCGCUUGGCGGAGAGGUCUCAAAGCCUGUGUGGCGGUAUCGGGCGCAUUUUGACGUUUCUCGUGAGUCCGAAGUUUCUCUGCAAGUUUAUCUUCGUAAAUCCACUCAGACCGGAAAUCAUACUAACGACAUGGGUAAUGAUGUCUACCUUGGCGGUAUAAAGCUCAAGCCAAACUUCUCGGUAGUAAAUAAGAUGUGCGAAGAAUGGUAUGACUUGCAAGGAGGGACCGGCAGUGUUCACGUGCAAUAUUGUUAUAAAAAGGAUAACGCAACCACGCCAUUGGCUAUUGAUUCAUUUGAAUUACUUAAAGUCAUCGGAAAGGGCAGUUUUGGGAAGGUUAUGCAAGUUCGGAAACGGGACACCUCUCGAAUCUACGCUUUAAAAACUAUCCGCAAAGCACACAUAGUUUCCCGCUCUGAAGUAAACCACACUUUGGCUGAACGCACCGUCCUAGCGCAGAUCAACAAUCCGUUUAUUGUCCCAUUAAAGUUCUCCUUCCAAAGUCCCGAAAAAUUGUAUUUAGUGCUCGCUUUCGUUAACGGAGGAGAAUUGUUCCAUCAUUUGCAACGAGAGGGAAGAUUCGAUGAAGUGAGAUCGAGGUUUUAUGCGGCGGAACUGUUAUGUGCCUUGGAAUGUUUACAUGACUUUAAUGUUGUGUAUCGUGACCUAAAACCAGAGAACAUUCUCCUCGACUAUACCGGCCAUAUAGCUUUGUGUGACUUUGGUCUCUGCAAACUAAACAUGACGGAAACAGAAACAACAAAUACCUUCUGUGGCACACCAGAAUAUCUAUCUCCAGAGCUGCUCCUCGGUCAGGGUUAUACGAAAACAGUAGAUUGGUGGACAUUGGGUGUAUUAUUGUACGAAAUGUUGACGGGACUACCGCCGUUUUACGACGAGAACACGAACGAGAUGUAUCGGAAGAUUCUUCAGGAUGAUCUCAGAUUCCCUGAAGAAGUAGGGCCUGAAGCCAGGAGUCUUUUGACUGGGCUCUUGACAAGAGAUCCAAAUCAUCGAUUGGGCAAUAAUGGGGCUCAGGAAAUCAAAGAUCAUCCAUUCUUUGCAUGUAUUAAUUGGAACCUUCUAAUGCAAAAGAAAGUACAACCACCGUUCAAACCAUCAGUCGAAUCUGCAAUUGACACAUCAAACUUUGACGAAGAAUUCACUUCAGAACCUGCCCUUGACUCUGUAGUUGAUGACUCGGAAUUAUCGGCAACACUACAAUUACAAUUCUGGGGAUUCACGUUUGAUCCCCGUCAAGAAGGAGGAGUCAUGAGUGAGAGUAUGGCGAAUUCCGUAGGUGGUGGUAUGUAA